UGACACGUAAUAAGAGACAGAAAAGUAAGGAUGAGGAGUAUUACAUGAGAGAUUCUUAAUUUCUUAUCCGUAAUGACAGUGUUCUGUUCCUUCAAUCGGACAAACUCGUGUACUUUCCAAUUCCAAAUUUCGGCAGUGUUGAGUCAUGGCGAAGCAGAAACUGAGCAAUACACUUUUCGUGCAGUUGUUGAUUUUCUUCUUCUAUGCUUCAUCUGUUUCGGUUUCAGCGAGAUUUGUGCCUCUAUUGCAGAACUAUGGGAACCCCAUAUUUAGAUCAAACUUUCAUACUAUUUACGACACUUCCAAGUACGGUGGGUUUCAACUGAGCAAUGGCUUGGCUCAAACGCCUCAGAUGGGAUGGAAUAGCUGGAAUUUCUUUGCAUGUAAUAUCAACGAAACAGUCAUUAAGGAAACGGCUGAUGCGCUGGUAUCAACAGGGUUGGCUGAUUUAGGUUAUGUGUACCUCAACAUAGAUGAUUGCUGGUCUGCUGUGACAAGAAAUCUGAAGGGUCAACUGGUUCCAGAUCAGAAGACAUUUCCAUCAGGAAUCAAAGCUCUAGCAGAUUAUGUACAUGGAAAGGGACUCAAGCUUGGCAUAUAUUCUGAUGCUGGGGCUUUUACAUGUCAAGUCCGGCCAGGAUCAAUUUUCCAUGAAACUGAUGAUGCAGAUUUAUUUGCCUCUUGGGUUAGAUUCCAUUAUCUCAUUUCUAUAGUUUGCAAAACAGUAUCAUAUACUCUUCAUGUUUCAAGGAGAUAAGAUAUUGUGCCAUUUAAUGGAAUUCUCUUAAAGUUCAAAUAGUUUUCAUUCAUUGAUAUGAUUGAAAUUUGUUUGCAGAGAUGGUAUUCACAUAACUUAGCAAUGACCUAU